AUGAUCGAGGACCUAAUGCCGCCCUCUAUCGAACCCUUCUUGAAUAUCAACAAAGAUGGCUCGGCCAUGGUAGAAAAUCCGAUCCACGCUCUAUUAGGCCAGCUUCCCCGGGUGUUCAUUUCUAUUGACGGUCUUGACGAGGCAGAAUAUACCGAGAAUCAUCCCGCGUCGUAUGCCAUCUUUCAUGAGAAACAGGUCUCCACCUUUGACUUUCUCGGAUCUGCUAUAGAAACGGAGGUGAAAGGGAGGUUUCUUUGGGCGAGUCUCAUGCUUGUCGAGCUGAAGAACACUGCUGACGAUGACGAUGACGACGGCAAGAUUGAGUUGGCAAUGAGAUGUCUUCCUACCAAGCCCACGUUGGUGGCGCUACGGACAGAUGAUAAAGAGCGUAUGAUCCGCUUCUUAAAGUCGCCCAACAUUUUGACCAUCAUUCAGGUCCAGAGCUUGUUUGUGAUCGGUCACUUUAUGCAGAGCUUUGAUCCCAUUACCGAUCGAAGUAAAUGCUUACGGCGGACAUUACCAAAUUGGAUGAAGCUCGAUGAACCUGAUCUCGAUCGCCAGUACCGCAUUUUCCAGGGUGAGUAG